UCGUCCUCCUCGGCCAUGACCCGGCUGAUGUUGGGCCGGACUCUGGAGCGCAUCUGCAAAGGCGUCCUGCUGCUGUGCCUGCUCCACUUCCUCAUCAUGAUGAUCCUGUACUUCGACGUCUACUCGCAGCGCUUCGACCUCUUCAGCCGCUUCAACAACGGCCGCAACGGAUCCAGGACUAACGUCAGCGGAGCGGCGGGCGGCGGCCACCAUUAUUACUACUACAACCUCUCCAGGCCCAACGCGACGCUGGCCAGCUACCUGGCCACCGGCGAGCAGCUGGUGCCGAGCGCGCAGCCCGAGACCGAUCGGACGCCUUCCCCCAAACCGCUGCCGCCGUGCCCUGAGAGCCCGCCCGGCCUCGUGGGCCGCCUGCUGAUCGAGUUCGGCUCCCAGAUGACGAUGGAGCGAGUGCAGAGGGAGAACCCCAACGUGACGGACGGAGGCCGCUACACGCCGCCCGACUGCCGGCCGCGGUGGAAGGUGGCCGUCAUCAUCCCGUUCCGCCACAGGGAGAACCACCUGAAGUACUGGCUCCACUACCUCCACCCGAUCCUCAGGCGGCAGAGGAUCGACUACGGCAUCUACAUCAUCAACCAGUUGGGUGAGGAAACCUUCAACCGGGCCAAGCUGCUGAACGUCGGCUACACGGAGACUUUGAAGGACGCGGAGUACGACUGCUUCAUCUUUAGCGACGUGGACCUGAUCCCGAUGGACGACCGCAACCUCUACCAUUGCUACGACCAGCCGCGGCACUUCGCCAUCGCCAUGGACAAGUUUGGUUUCAGGCUGCCGUACGCAGGUUACUUUGGAGGGGUUUCAGGCCUCAGUAAAAAACAGUUCCUGAAGAUCAACGGCUUCCCCAACGAGUACUGGGGCUGGGGAGGAGAGGACGAUGACAUCUACAACAGGAUCACUCUGAACGGGAUGAAGGUGUCGAGGCCGGACGUUCGCAUCGGCCGCUACAGGAUGAUAAAACACGAGAGGGACAAACACAACGAGCCCAACCCACAGAGGUUUAAUAAAAUCCAGAACACGAAGAACACGAUGAGGAAGGACGGCAUCAGCUCUCUGACCUACAGACUGGUUCAGGUCAAGCGGUACCCUCUGUACACCGACAUCUCCGUGGAGAUCGGCAAGCCGCCGCCCCGGCCCGCUAAGGGCUAG